UGGUGGCUGUCAAGUAAACGUGCUUCAAACAAAUAUUACUCAUUUCAGGUUCCACGUAGUUUACUAUCAAGAUGUCUGAAAAUAUUCAAAUUAUAUCAAACAGCUCUGUCAGAGUGUUAAUUACAUCUGUAGCCAACCAGUUCGGCGUGGAAAGGAGGUUCCCGAAAGACAUAACAAUCGCAGACUUCAAGAUGAAGUUAGUUUUAUUGACUGGAGGUGGACAAGCAACAAUGAAACUGCAAUUAUUUGGGAAAGAUAAUAAAUUAAUGUGUGUUAUGGAUGAUGAUUCAGCCCUACUUGGUUCGUAUCCUGUAGAUGAUGAUAUGAGAAUACAUGUAGAAGAUAAAACUAUUCAACUAGGAGAAUUUGAAGAUGUAUCAAAAGUAGAGAAAUAUGAAAUGAAUGAAGAUGAAUAUGAAAAACGAACAGAUUCUGUAAGGGCAUUUAAGGAAAGAAAUAAAAUGGGUAGAUUUAAUCCUGAAUUACAGAAAUUAAAAGCAGAUGAAAAACAACAAAAAGAUUUAUUAGAGAAGGAAAAAGCUGAAAGUAUGAAAAUAGGAGACAGAUGUGAAGUAAGAGCAUAUACAAAAGACAGAUAUAGACAUAGAAAAUGAAAUUCCUAGUUUGAGGUAUUUUUGAUGGAAUUAUGUGAUUUCGUACAUUUUAAGUACUUCUGAUGACUAUUUGGAUAUAUUCAAAACCCAAAUCAACUCCCGAAAAUGGUGAACCUUUCCCUUUAACAUCUAUUUAUUUAUUCUUCAUGAAUCUAGAAGAAAUUAGAUCCUUGACGAUAUGAUGGAAAAUUAAAAAAAAUCACAUUGAAACAAACUAGAAUGUAUUUUCUUCAUGAUUUAAGAGAAUGAGAGCUGCUUCAGCUUUGUUUGGCUGGUGUUGUAUUAAAUAAUAUAAUAUCAGAAGUAAGUUGAAAGUGGUAGCAAUAUUUGCUAUGUUGUGAUGGAAAUAUUUAGUGUCUGCCAUAAGUUCAUGCUUUUCGAUCUGAUACAUUGAGAUUUGUAAUUUGAUUUUAAAAGUUAUGUUUCUUGAGACAUCAACUUUUAUUCUCUUUAGAAAUAUAAUUAUGUUCUUCAAUCACAUGUUAUAUGACAUCAUCACUCAUUCUAUGUAAUAAUGCUUAUUGUUCAUUAUUUGUUGCUCUGGUUUGAAUAUUUAAUUUGUAUAUGAAACUUAUUUUUCUUACUUACAAUUAUUUAUUUAUUGACUUAAUAGGCCAUUAUUUAUCAUUAUAUUUAUGUGGUCGAUUAUAACUGAUUUAUUUUAUAAUGUUAAAAUGUAUUUUUAUUUCGAAUCUCUCAUUAUUGUUUUGAACUUUGAUGUAAAGUCCAAAGCAUGAUGACUGCUUCUGGCCCCUAAUUACUAUUUUUGACUGAUUUGUGUAUGAAACAACCUUUCCAACAAACUUUCUGAGAGUUUCAAGAAGGCUAGGAGGUUUUUACUAGAUUUUUACCUCAAUUUUGACAAAACCUCCAUAAAUUUAGUAUCAUUGAAUUUAUACAAGAUGGGAAAUUGAAAAGUCAAGGACACUUCAUCAAUAAUAGUGAAGUCAGCAUAUAUAAUGUUAUAAUUUCUAUUAUUUUAAUUCAAUGCCAUUCUCUACUUAUUUGUGAAUAUUUCAAGGCAGAUAUAAUGGUUUAAACUGGGAAUUCAUACAGAAAACCAGACAUGUCAAUUAUAAUAUACAGCUAGCAUCAAUAACUUGCUUAAUUCAUUUAUUGUUGCAAUACUUGUAAUGGUGAAUAUUUUUUAUCUUUAAUAUUGAUUAAAAUUGAUACAGAU